CACACACACACACACACAUACACAGACAGACAGAGAGAGAGAGAGAGUCUGGCAGUGGCUGAACAGGUGGGUCCUGUAGUGGAGCUGUGAGGUAUGGAGGGAUAACGCAACGCGGCUGUGUGGAUAUAAUGUAUCUGCUGUGUUUGGAGGCGAGGCUCCGAGUGUAAACCCGCCGUCGCUCCGGACUCUCCGGGCUCCUGAGAGGAAUAUGAAAGUGACAGUGUGCUUCGGGAGGACCCGGGUGGUCGUUCCGUGCGGAGACGGGAAUAUUAAAGUCCACAGCCUGAUCCAGCAGGCGGCCAUGCGCUAUAAGAAAGCUAUAGCCAAGGAUGCAGGCUACUGGAUCCAGGUUCACCGGUUGGAACAUGGUGAUGGAGGAAUCCUGGACUUGGAUGAUGUGUUGUGUGACGUAGCUGACGAUAAAGACAGGCUGGUGGCAGUCUAUGAGGAGCAGGACCCUCAUCAUGGAGGUGACGGGACCAGCGCAAGUUCCACAGGCAGUCAGAGUCCGGACGUGUUCAGCAGAAGAGAGCUGAGCUCCAGCAGCCCGUCAGCCUUCCAGCCCUACCACAACAGCAGUGAGAUCGAGGUCACACCAUCAGCACUGCGCACCAACAUGCCCCUUCAUGUGAGACGCAGCAGUGAUCCUGCUCUGGUGGCCAUGAACGAGUCUCACCUACAACCAACUGAGCCAUCCCGGAAGAACCCCUCACGCUGGUCCACCACACCGGGUUUCAUCAAGCCAAGUACCACCACUGGAACCAACAGUCUGGAGCGGAAGGGUAAAGGACCAGCCUUUUACCGCAGUUUGCCCCGGGACACCGCAGCGUGGGCCAACCAGUUCGAGAGAGAGAGUGCCCGCUCUUCCCUCAGCGCCAAUCACCCGAUGGUGGAUCGCUGGCUGGGGCGACAGGAACAGGAUGAAGAGGAGGAAGACAGGAGGAGAGAUGAAGGCAGGAAUGGAAGGAUAGAGCCGGUGGGAAGGGCUGACUCCUGCAUUGAAACACUGAAUCUAGAUGACAUGCUUAAACCAGUCGAGGUGUCGAAUGGCGGAGGGCCGCUGGGAAUCCAUGUGGUACCAUUCAGUUCCAGAGACAGAAGGACGCUGGGUCUGCUGGUGAAGCGGCUGGAGAAGGGCGGAAAGGCGGAGCGGGAAGCGCUCUUCCAGGAGAACGACUGCAUCGUCCGCAUUAAUAACCAAGACCUGCGCAACAUCCGAUUCGAACAAGCACAGAACCUGUUCCGCCAGGCCAUGCGGACCCCACUGAUUCUGUUUCACGUGGUGCCAGCGGUGAAGAAUGCUCAGUAUGAGCAGCUUUCUCAGAUCGAGUUUGGACCAGAACCAGGUCCUAGUCCCAGUCCAGGCCCUGGCCUUGUCCCUGGGCUGACUGGCCUUGCACAAGACCCCAAACUUGGUCCCACACCCAGCCAACAUAUAUCAGACUCCAAAUCUGGCCCUGCACCCAACCGACAUUUACCGGACCCCAAACCUGGGGACAGGGGAAGUUUGGUGGUGGGAACCAUCGACUACAGCCCUCAAAGAAUGUCCAAGACUGGACCACACCCUGCCAUUAAUCACCCGCCACUCCCUACACACCCAGAGCAGAACAAGACUCCCACCUUACCAGCAGCCGCCAUCACCCCACCAGCCAAGACCCCACCAGGGACAGGGCAACCCCCCAAGAUAACCACACCCAACACUUCCAUCGGCUUCACCAAAAAGAUUGGCCGCAAGUUCAGCGUUCUGCUGAAAAAAGGUCCAGAGGGGCUGGGUUUCAGUAUUACAUCACGUGAUGUCCCCAUCGGAGGCUCUGCCCCAAUCUACGUGAAGAAUAUCCUUCCUCGUGGAGCUGCUAUUCAAGAUGGCAGUCUGAAGGCUGGUGACCGUCUGCUGGAGGUAAAUGGAGUGGAUCUAAAUGGGAAGACUCAGGAAGAGGUUGUUGCUCUGCUCCGCUCCACUCCGAUGGGAGGCACUGUGAGUCUGCUCGCCGUCAGACAAGAGGAUGCUUUCCUGCCUCGUGAAGUGAAAGCAGAAGAAGAUGAGUUGGUGCUUACUCCUGAUGGAACAAGAGAGUUCUUGACCUUUGAAAUUCCUCUAAAUGACUCGGGCUCUGCUGGGCUUGGGGUCAGCGUCAAGGGAAAUCGCUCCAAAGAGAACCACGCAGACAUGGGCAUCUUUGUCAAGUCCAUCAUCAAUGGAGGUGCUGCCUGCAAAGAUGGUCGGUUGAGGGUGAAUGACCAGUUAAUGGCUGUAAAUGGAGAAUCAUUGCUGGAAAAAACAAACCAGGAGGCCAUGGAGACUCUACGCAAGUCCAUGUCUGUGGAAGGCAAUAAGAGGGGCAUGAUCCUACUCAUAGUGGCCAGAACAGUCAGCGGGAGUAAUAAGCAGGAGCCCCCAGGCAGUCCCUCAGUGUCAGAUGUGCCGCUGAACCGGCCUCACACAGAAUUGGAAAGGCGAAUCUCCCAUUCUCUCUACCCUGGAGCUAUAGAGGGCCUGGAUGACACACCUCGGACCAACAUCACCAAUAGAUUGAUGGGUAACUACCAGCUUUCCCCCACUGUGAACAUGCCUCAGGAUGACACAAUCAUCAUUGAGGACGAUAGACCACCUGUGCUUCCUGCCCGCCUGUCCGACCAAUCAUCUUCCAGCUCCCAUGAUGACAUGGGCUUUGUGACAGACGUAUCCACCUCCUGGGCCAAAGAUAUUCAGAAUCAAGAUGACUGUUCACUGAGUCCUGAUGCAGACCCUGAUGCUGCAUUUCAGAGGGAGGGCUUUGGCAGGCAGAGUAUGUCAGAGAAAAGGACCAAACAGUACGGAGACGCUGCUCAACUGGACAUCAUCAAGACUCGCAAGUCUAAGAGCAUGGAUUUAGUAGCUGACGAGAUUAACCUCACUCCCCGCCCAAACAAGACGGAAGGCAACUCCAUGCAAGACGUUGGGCCCAAUCUGGGCCUGAAGAAGUCCAGCUCCCUGGAGAGCCUCCAGACGGCUGUUGCCGAGGUAACGCUGAACGGGGAUGUCCCCUUCCACAGGCCACGCCCACGGAUCAUCAGGGGGAGGGGCUGCAACGAGAGUUUCCGGGCUGCCAUUGACAAAUCAUAUGACCGGCCUGUCAUGAGUGUGGCUGGUGAGGAAGAGGAGGAUGAAGGCAUGGAGACAUUGGAGGAAGAUACAGAGGAAAGCUCACGCUCUGGACGAGAGUCUGUCUCUACAACGAAUGACCUCCCCCUUCCAGCUGGUGGAACAGCCACCCUGGAAACCCAGGUGAAUGGCAGCCGACCCAAAGAUGACAAGAAGAAAGAGAAAGGAGAAAAGGAGAAGAAAGAGAAGAAGGAGAAGAGCAAAUCUAAGAAAGGCGUGCUGAAGGGUCUGGGCGACAUGUUCAGGUUUGGCAAGCACCGCAAAGACGAGCGAGGCGGAGACAAGAUGGAGCGCAAAGGCUCGAGUAAGAGCAAAACAGAAGACACCCAGGCCACUGAGGACGAGAUGCAGAGGAUGCGUCUGGAGAGGGAGAGGAUCCAGGCCAAGACCAGGGAGCUACGAGAACGACAGGCCAGAGAGAGAGAUUACGCAGAGAUCCAAGACUUCAGCCGCACCCUAAGCUCUGAUGAGGAGCACACCUACGCCGGCAUCGGCUCACUGGACUCCUCCAUGGACAGCAGCCAGAGCCUGAACCAGCAGACCCCUGGGCAGGAGAGGCCCCACAGCCUCAGGGAGCAACCUCUCGAGGCCCUGUAUGCCCAGGUCAAUAAGCCUAGGAAUGGCAGGCCUCCUUCAACAGACAGCAACAGACUGGCGCCUAGCAACCAUGACCGGAUACAGCGGCUGAGGCAGGAGUUCCAGCAGGCCAGGCAGGAGGAGGAGCCUGAAGACCGUCGCCGUGCCUACAGCUUCCAGCAGCAGCAGCCAUGGGCUAAUGCUGGGGCCUACAGUCCAACAGGACGCCAUUCUGUUUCCAUAGAGAUGCAGAUGCAGCGACAGAGACAAGACGACUCCUUCACACAGUCACAAAGACAGUACAACUCCCUACCAAGGCAACCGCGUAAAAACCCCAGCACUGUGUCCCAGGACUCCUGGGAUAAGGUCUAUCCCCCUGGUGAGGUGUUUCAGUCUGCUAAAGAGAACCCGUGCUAUUCCAGCUAUCAGGGUGGCCGAGGUGCUAACGGUUACCUGGGCGCCCCUGCAUCUGGCCUGAAUGCCCGUGUGCUGCUGGAGACCCAGGAGCUGCUGCGUCAGGAGCAGAGGCGUAAAGAGCAGGAAGCUCAAGCCAAACAGGUUCCAGCACCUGCUCCAUCAACUACAGCCCCCACACCCCCCAAAGGCCCUUACAGGCAGGACGUCCCACCCUCACCGUCCCAGCUAGCCCGUCUUAACCGUCUGCAGAGCCCUGAGAAAGGCCGGCCAUUCUACUCCUGAUUGGGGGAGAAAGAAGACAGGAAUUUGGAAGAAGAGUGGCGUUAAGGGCCCUGCUGGGCCACACCAGCAAUGCACAGCAGUACUGGAGGGAGAAUUAAGAGGCAGACUCUAGCAAUUUUCAACCUAAUCUCUAACUGCCCAUCUGUAUCACAUCAGUUACCACGGUUAUACCAGUUUUUAUGAACUUGGGUAUGAUCAGAAAACUUAAAACCUUAAAACCUAAUUAUAACAGAAGCUACUAUACAUUUGCUGAGUGCCACAAAGCAACCAUCUACAGUGGGAAAUUACAACAGUUACACUCUUAAUAAUACAUAAGUUUAGAUUGUAGCUCUCACUAUGUUCUAUUGUGACCAUUGCAAAUGUAAUUAGGGAUGCACCAAUGUGGGAAUUUUGGGCCGAUGUUCGAUAUUACACAUGAACAUAUCUGUGACUGAUAUAUACAUUUCUGACUUACAGAAAGACUAGACUCCCCGGUAUAACCUCAUAACCAACUGUAGUAGCACGGCCAGUGUCACUUGAUCCUUUUCCGGUAUUACAAUAAACAUGUCAGCAAGUAUCAGUUUGAAAUAUUGACUUUUGAUUGUCCAAAAACAAUUAUCAACCGAUAUCAAUAUGAUUUCAAUAUCAAUGUGCAUCCCCAUGAAAGAUUUACACAGCACAAAUUUAGCACAACAAGAGGAAAGCAACAAAAUGCCCUAAUGCAAAAGAUGAAACUAGGUUUCACUCAUUUUGAACGCACUGUUGUGCAGGCUUAUUUAUGCUCAACAAUAAAUGAAGCCUUCUGUCUAUUGUCAUGCAUUCUCUUAAAUUAUACAGUUAGGCCUAAAGUUUAAGCAAAACAUGACCAAAACAUGUGACCACUGUUAAUGGGUCAAGAUUUUUAAAAAAGUCAGAGUAUCACCCAAACACCUGUUUUAGUCAUUUCAGUGCAAACUGUAGAAUGUGUGUUGAAUAAUGAAGUAAAAGAAAACCAAACAUAUGAGACUCAUUUUCUACACAGUUGGAUUGAGGCAAGAAUCCUACAGUUCUCUCUAAAAAGACCACUGUACGAUCAUUAAGACCACAAAUGGCUUGAAGCAAAUGCAAAAUACACUAAGAUCUAAAUAAUUUAAGAGCUGGUUAACCAACUAGCAUACCAGUUACAGGAUUUGUUUUUGCCAGCUUUUCGAAAACCCUGACCAAGACCUGCCAAAACAGCCUGAAACAGCUACUUGAGUAAAAUGCAAAACCAAACCUGACCUGCUAAGGGUUGUGGCUGAAACUUGUAGUUACAAUAUUUGAUUCUACGUUAUAUUAGUCAAGUCAUACUUAGUUAUACUUAACUGCUUACCACAGAGUAGCUCUAAAAACUCCACCCACAUUACUGAUAAUUACCUACCACAAGUUUCCCCUCUGAAAAAAAAAAACUAGUCCAAUUUCUACAACAACUACAACAAUGCAUUUUUUGUUUGUUUGUUUUAUAUUUUUCUAUGUGAGAUAAAACUGUCAAAUGUAAUUUUGGUAACUAAACAUUACAGAUGUGGCAGAAAGAGAUUUGACUGAACAAGGCUGGACUGUUCUUUUCAGGACUUUAAAUAAAAAAAAAAAUGGGUUUGUUUAUUAUUUUUUUCUAUCCAGUGCAUUGGUACUUCCAUUUUAUUUUUAUUUCUUUUUAAACAUUACUGUGUUGUGACAACAUCCAUAACAACCUUCAGUAAAGACCUGUUCAGUUCUGGUCCUGCUGGAGGACUGGUGUCGAGUUGCAGAUUGCUUGCUCAAGGACACCUACUAAACCUGUUAAUUACAAGAUCAGAAUCAGAUUUGUGCUGGAUUAAAACACUUGGAGGCCAGAGCUGGACAGUCAUGUUGUUGGGGGAAAGACUUGUAUGAAUGUGUAUGAGUGUUGUAUUUUUAAAUCAAAUCCCUUCCAGCUACCCUUGACAAUCACAUGACAGCCAGCGUAUGGCUGAGCUGCAUUGGUAUUCGUACAGUGCUGUGACCUACAUAUCCCAUUUCAAAUCGAGCAUCAAUUUGGAAUGUCGAGUGCAGUGUUCAGGAAAGGAGAGGGUAUGAGAGCGUUUCAAAUAUAUUUUUGAGUAUUGCAAAGGAGAGGUCAUUGUGUGCGUCUACGUGUGUGUGAGCUGGGGAGAGAGCGAUAGAGCCCAUAGGCUUAAGCUGUGAAGCUGGAAUGUAUGGUGCGUGAGUGUGGAUGGGUUAUGAUCCUGUCACCUAGAAGCCUUCAUAGAAAAUCCUCAGCUGAAACUCCCCAUGCUCCCUGUGUAGUGCCCUACACUGUACAGUAUGUGCAAUAGGGAGGCCUUUGGGAUUUAGCUCCUGUCACCUCAAUCUUACAUAUAAAACAAGGUUUAUUAAGGGGUAUCAGAUGUAUAAAUACAUUUUAUAUAUAUAAGAUCAAUACAGCAUUCCUCAGAAAAUCAAUAAGAACAGCACUGGAAUUACAUCUGAAAGCUUUAUGAAUAUUUAGCCUGUCCUUCUAUCCGUUUUGUUCACGAACAGGGCUCUCAUAGCCCCUCCUUCUCCUACUCCACCAAUCACAACACAAGCUCAGGCCUGGCACACAUUGCUACAGCACAAAAUCCCCCACCGUGUUCCUGCAUGCACCUGUCCUGGGAAAUCACUCAUAUGACCUGGGUCAGAGCUGGACUGUUAAUUAAUGCAUUGUGAUGAAAAAUUGAUUUGAAUGUCGUAUGCGUGUGUGUGUGUGUGUGUGUGUGUGUGUGUAAUGUGUGUGUAGGCCAGUCUUUGAUUACACUGGCUAAGUCAGAGGCCAAGUCUAUUCUAUACAGAAUGUGUUAUCAUGCAGGUUAAUGGGGAGUCACUCGCACUCUGUAUGCAGUAAAACAUCAGCGCUUAUGUUCUGCCUGACCUCAUUCUGAUCUUUACACCCACCAUGCCUUCAGCUCCAACUCCCAAACUCUGUUUGUGCACACGUUUGACACAUUUUAGGGGAAAUGUCAGUACAACACAAUUUCACAGAAGAAGACAAAGCAUUUUAAGGCUCUUUUAAUGGAUGCCUGUGUAAAAGAUUAUAUUAGGCACAAAAUUUUGAAAUGGUUGAAACGCACUUUUGUUCAAAGGGUUGGAAUCACUUCAUUAAUUUUAGUUUUUAGUUAUUUUAUAAUUUAUGAUUUUGUUUGUGUGUAGCUGUACACAUCAAAUCUAUAGAUCAAAUAGUCUUUUUUCUGAAUGUUUUUAUUUACACUUUAACAUAUAAAAAAUCAUUUUAAGAAAUAAUAUAUAUGUUUUUAGAAUUAUUUGUGUCCCAUUUUGAUGAUGAUUUAAUGAUAAUUUAGUGUUAUAGCAACUUUAUUUAGAUGAACCCAUUAUGCACCAUUACUUGAACUAUUACAUCUUAGUGAAAAUAAGUUAUAACAGUUGGGGAGGGGGCAGCCAAAACUUUUUUUUUUCUGCAUUCCUUUUAACUAUUAAAAAAACUCACUUGUUUUAAUUGUACUGUACACGUUGGUCUCAAACUUUCAGUGAUUCCAACUUUUAAACAGAAGUUAAAAAAAAAAAAAAAAAGUGUGUGCAUCACUGGUGCCUGUAACAUGACUCUCCCACAUCGCAGGACUGAACUUUGGCAGUUGGAUGAAACACUUGGCCGUGGAUAUCACGGAGUUGGAGCUGAAAGAGCAGCAGUGAUGUCACUCUAAAGGAAAGGGAAGGCCAGGUCAGGCCAGGCUUUGCUGUAGAGUCUCUAACAAAACAGAGCUGGAACAAAAGACUCUCUGGCCCCCUCAUUCACUCACUCAUUCAUUCUUUUCCCUUUUCACUGUGGGGAAUAAAAUACAGUACUGUCGUCUUGCAUACGCAGCAAAGACGAAGAUGUGGUUGGAGUAACUGUUACUUUUCUAGCUCCUGUGGUACGACAAAUGUCUCAAGUAUUGAAACCUUCACGAAAAGACUUUCCAGAACAUCAGCAGUUUUUGACCAUUAGCUGUUUUUGUAUUUCAGAUUUUGUAUUUUUAUUGCAUUGGAUAAAUGUUGGCGAGGCUGGAGGUGGUUUAAGUGCCUGUAAGGAGGGAGGAUGUUUUGUACUUAAAAAGCUAUCAUGUUGUGGAAUGAACAUAUUUUAUGAUACAUUUUAUGUUGUUGGAACACAUCACAUAACAACUUGUUUAAUUGUUUAAAACAAAAAGUAAUAUGCACAUGAUUUUGUAUUUUUAUGACUUUUACAUUGUCUGUAUUCUUCAGAGGUAUGAUGGUGUCCUAGGUAUCCUUUGUGUAAGCACAGUGCAAUUGUUUGUGUUUUUUGUUUUUACAGUCUUUAUACAUACUGUACACAGCUUUCUCUGUACAUAUCAAAAUCUAGAUUAAAUAAAAAAAAGAAGGCUGUUCCUUCAUCUUGUUUACAGUAA